CAUGAAGGUACCUCUAAUUCUAGGCAUAUUGUUGGUUUCUAUUCGCUAUUCUAUACAACGAGAGGAAAAGACAGAGACCGCGGCGGCAGUUACGGACGACGGGGAAGAACAGCAUGGUCAUCUUUCAGCAAAAGAAGUAAGAGAUCUAGUAGAAGAGUCAGAGAGGUCAACAAAAGCGUCAUUAGAUGAAGAAGCAGAAGAGGAGGAAAGACCGGUCCAGCUUCCAGCUAGAGAUGUGGAAGAACUCAGAGAGAGGACUGUGAAAGAGAAAAAGUGCAGUAAGAAAUGCGCAAAGAAUGCCCAGUGUGUGAAAGGAAAAUGUCGAUGCAAGAAGGGCUUUACAUGGAGUAAAAGAAGGCGACAAUGUGUCAGAAGGGGCCGCAGGUGUAGCAAAAAGUGUGUGAAGAAUGCAAGGUGUGUCAGAGGAAGAUGUCGAUGUCGAAGAGGAUUUCGAUGGAAUAGAGCAAAGCGUCAAUGCCUCAAAAGACGCCGCUUACCUGGUGUCCGUUGGUUUAAAGUUGGAAAGGGUACAGCCUGCGAGCACAAGAAUGUUACCUUGCAUUGCAGGGGAAGACGAGUCAUCCGGGUUUUUUACGCCGUAUAUGGGCGGAGAAACAAGCACACAUGUGCCAUAGGCAAACCAGUAAAAACGACAAGAUGCAGAGCGAAGAACUCAAAGAAACUGGUCGUAAAAAGUUGUGACGGCAGAAGGCAAUGUAAUCUGAAAGCUAGUAAUGGAGUUUUUGGAGACCCUUGCAAAGGAACCUUCAAAUACCUGACAGUUAUCUAUGGAUGUAGAAGGCCUUGCGUAAGGAAUGCUUUUUUCAAUGGAAAUGUCUGCAAGUGUAAAAAAGGUUACCGCGGAAACGGAUUUAGAAGAUGUUCUAAGAAGAAGAUGGGGAGGAAUGUGGAAGAGGAGGAGAGACGUGACGUUAGUGAUGACGAGGGGUUAGAAAUAAACGAAGAUGAGCUAGAGAGGGCGUAAUCAAACAUGUGCAACACAGUGAUAUACUGUUUUAUUUUCCCGCUAUACAUGUAUAUGUAAGAUGAGAAUAAAAAUUACUUAAUUGAAAGUGGGAAA